AUGGUCACUACCACCAUAAUCACCACCUCCACCGCCAUCGGGUACCACUACCACCGCCCACCACCUCCAUAUCCACCAUUAUCAGAUGCCACCACCGUCAGACAGAGGUCACGUCCUCCGCAACCACCACAUCCAUGGUCGACCACCGGCCCCUUCUGCCCAUGGCCACUACCAUCUUCAACCAUCCACUUUCACUGCCCACCACCACAACUACCACCAAAAUCACCGCCACAACCACUACCUCCAUUUUCACCACCAUAUCAAUCACCACCUUUACCUCAACCACCACCUCCUCCUUUGACAACCGCAACCACCACUAUCGCUGCAACAACCUACACGGUCUUCGGCCACCACUGUUACCGCCUCCGCCAAUGA